ACAAAGCAUUGAACAGAAUGGCGGCCUCUCUAAUCGUACGUCGGGCACUCCUUUAUGUGCCCGGCUCAUCAAUGCGGUUCCUCGAGAAAUCGCGGGGCGUGGCCGUCGACACAAUGUGCUACGAUCUCGAAGACUCCGUCACUCCCGGCAAGAAAGCAGAAGCACGCUCGAACCUCCAAGCCAUCCUAUCUCGAGAAAGAGUAGCAGGCAUCAAAGAACAAGCCGUCCGCAUAAACUCGGUCGACAGUGGUUACGCCCUAGACGACCUGACCCAAGUGCUCAAAGCACCCAAUCUUGACGCUCUGGUCAUCCCAAAAGUCAACAGUGCGUCUGAUCUACACUUCAUUACCGAUGUCAUCCGUCAUGCUCUUCCUGAAAGACAUGGUCCUGGCGCCAAAUCUCCUAUCCGGUUGAUCGCUUUGAUCGAGUCGGCGCGAGCGGUCAUGGACUUGUCUGCCAUUUGCAAGGCUUCGCCAUAUCUGAGCGGUCUCAUCUUUGCUGCAGAGGACUUUGCCCUCGACCUCAGCAUCACGCGUACGCCAGACCUCAAGGAGUUCUUGUAUGCAAGAUCGGCUAUCGCAACAGCGGCUAGAGCCUUCAGUCUGCCUUCGACCAUUGAUCUCGUUACAACAUCGUUCCGUGGUGAGGAAGGCCAGCAGGUGCUCAAGGAAGAGAGCGAGGGUGGUAAGAGAAUGGGUUACAACGGCAAGCAAUGCAUCCAUCCUAGCCAGGUAGAGCUGGUCCAGAACAUAUUCAGCCCCAGUCAGGAAGAGGUGGAUUACGCCGUAAGAGUAGUGAUAGCAGACGAAAAGGCAGAUGCCCAAGGUCGUGGAGCCUGGACACUGGAUGGAAAGAUGAUCGACGUCCCAGUGGUUGGCAAGGCCAAAGCCUUGGUGAAGAAGGCGGAGUUGUGUGAAUUCGACGUCGCGUCCGUCAGAGAGAAGUUCAAGGAUCAAGAACCCGAGUAGAGAAUCUCAAUUCGUUCAAGAAGCGUCUUUGGCGUAUGCGAGUGCUCUGUGACCUCUUUCCUGACCGGGUCCAGUUCCGUG